AUGGAAUACAACGCGCAGGAACAACCAAGAUACCCCCCCGGCGACAGCGAGUCGCAGCAGACAUACACGGCCUCUGCGCCCGAGUAUACCCCGACGCAGCAAAAAGUGUCAGCGGAAGGCGGGUACGACGAGAAGCAGUCGUCGGCGACCUUUGAAGAGACCUUCAAGGUCGAGAAGCCGCGCUACAACGAUCUCUGGGCGGUCGUGCUCUUGCUGGCAGUGCUCGGCGGGUUCACGGCGGUGUCUGCGAUCGCGCUCAAGGCGUAUGCUGCCAACCACUCGUUCUUUGGCGGGGGGAUAUACGGCGGGUCUGAGAGCUUCAGUCUGAAUACGAAUACAAUGUACCUGCUUGGGUUUUCGGUGCUGAUCGGGUUCGUGCUGUCGGUUGCGUAUUUCAUGCUCGCGCGCGCGUUCACGAAGCAGUUUAUCUGGGUGACUGGGAUCCUGAACGUGCUGCUCGGGUUCGCGACCGCGAUCUACUACUUUGUCGAGCACUACUACUCGGCCGCGGUUGUGUUUUUGAUCUUUGCCGUGUUUGGCGCGUGGUGUUUUUACUCGUGGAUCGGACGGAUCCCGUUCGCGACGCUGAUCUUGCAGACAAUCAUGGACGUCACGCGCGCGUAUCCGUCUGUCUUGAUGGUGUCGUUUUUGGGGUCGCUUGUCGCGGCCGCGUUUGGCGCGUGGUUCUCGAUUACGUUGGUGGCGGUGUAUGUGAAGUACAAUCCGACGGCUGACAGCGCGACGUGCGAUGGAGGGAGUUGUUCGCAUGCAAAGCUGAUUGGGUUGAUUGUGUUUAUUACGUUUGCGGGAUACUACAUCACCGAGGUGAUUAAGAAUAUCGUGCACACGACGAUCUCGGGGGUAUAUGGGUCCUGGUAUUUCUGCUCGCGCAGCACGCAGGGGAUGCCGCGCUGGCCGGCGCUGGGAGCGUUCAAGCGGUCGAUGACGUACUCGCUCGGCUCGAUCUCGUUCGGCAGUCUGAUUGUGUCGAUAAUCCAGCUGCUGCAGCAGUUGGCGGGGUGGGGCGAGCAGGCGGCGCGGCAGGACAAUAAUCUGAUUGCGGUCGCGCUGAUUUGCGUGCUGCGGUGCUUGAUCAUGGUGUUGCAGUGGGCGGUGCAGUUUUUCAAUCACUAUGCGUACUGCUACAUUGCGCUGUACGGGAGCGCGUAUAUCCCUGCCGCGAAGGAGACGUGGAAGUUGAUUAAGGACAGGGGGAUUGACGCGCUGAUCAACGACAGUCUGAUUGAUCCGGUGCUGAAUCUGGGCGCGCAGUUUGUCGCGUAUGUGUGCGCGCUGUUUGCGUACCUGUAUCUGAAGUACACUGCGCCGGCGUACAACUCGAGCGGGAACUACAACGCGCCGGUGGUGGGGUUUGCGUUUGUGAUUGGGCUGCAGAUCUGUAAUAUUGCGAGUGUGCCGAUCAAGUCGGGCACGGCGACGUUGUUUACGGCGAUGGCGAGGGAUCCGGAGGUGUUGAGGAUGAGUUAUCCGGAGCUGUAUGAGCGGAUUGUGAGGUUGUAUCCGAAGGUGCAGCAGAUGAUACAUGCGUGA